AUGGGUGAGACGAGUUACUUGGAGAUCUGUGGCUUGAGAAUCCAUGUUCAUGUAGGUUUAUGAGCUCAGGUUUCAAAAAAUUGAUAUUAAGUAUAGGGUUGGGUAAAGUGGAGUAGAGUAGGAUAGGGUAAGGUAGACUAUGCUAAGGUAAGGCAAAAAAUUAUUAAUUUCUAAUUUUUUAUUAACAUAGACUCUUUUAGAAAGCCGUAUUCCUGAUUGCCGUGAUAGCUAUUGCUUUCACUUUGCUCAACUCGGUGAUAAUGCUCUACAAUGGCAAAUUUGUGAUAUUAUUCUUCCCAUUAGUGUCGCUGGUGGUAAACUUAUUGCUGUUAUACGGAAAUAUGAAGAAAAAAGCUGGAUUAUAUUGGCCUUACCUCGUUUGGACUGUAAGUUUUUUAAAAUUAAGUUGACUUUUUAGUUUACUUUUAUUGUCAUCUUCUUAUAAGGUUAGAUACAACUUUUGACUGGCAAUGCCGGGGUGUUUGGGUUGACCUGAAAAAGAACCCAUUAGGCUUGACCGGGCCGACACGUGUAGUUCUGAGGGCCGAGACCAAACCUGGGACUUAAAAUUUAGUUGUUAAAUUAUUGGUUGUAUAGGGCACAAAAGCAAUAUGACACAUCCCAUUUAUUAUUGAAGUGAAUUUAUAUCAUUUAUAUGGUCCUGAUUGAGCUCAUUUGAAAAAACCGUGUCAAAAAUUGGGUCUAGUUGCUUUACAGGUCUAAAUCUAACCAAUACUAAGCUUUUUUAAAGAAAAUAUUUUGUGAAGAAGAAAAUUAAAUUGCUUUUUAUCACCGAAGCACAGACCUCGUAUUUUACUAUUAAUUUUAAAUUUUUUAGUUUUUAAUAUCCAACUUUAUGAUCUUUUAUAUUUAAUAAAUGUGUAUUUGAAGAGUACACUUUUCAUAUUCACUGGUCAUUUAUCAAUAAGUAGAUAUGACCUUUUCCAUAAGCGUUUCUUGCACAAAAAUAUAAGUUCAGAGAAAAAGGAAACAGAAUUCAACUGUUCAGUUUUUGAUUUUUUAAUUUUGGAAAUGUAGGCUUAAGUAAGACAGUGCUAAGGGCUUAGGAUAAGUGUGGGUUUGAAUCAGGGCAUGGUUGAUCCAAAAAAAGUUAAAAAAUAUGGCUAGGCUGUAGCAAAGUUAAGUUUAGGUUAAGAUUAGCGUAGGUAGGAUUGAGCCAAAGUGUGCCAAAAGCAAUAUUUAGGGCUGGGCUAGCGUAUAGACUUACGAAUUUUUAAAUUUAUUUUUAAAAGAUGUGCUUAAUCCCCUCCCUUUUACCCCUUCCUCUCUCUCUACUACGUUAACUUCUAUUAUAACUAAAAUUUUCUAAGUUUAAAUUUUAAUUCUUCAGGCCGUUCUGAUAGCCAUCAACUUUGCCUAUUUCAUUUACAUUGUUGGGUGUGCGUUGAACGUGUUCCGUCCGUGGUAUUGGCUGGACUACCAUGUUGGAUUCAAAGAUACGGCCAAGUUCUUUACGGGCCAAAGAGUUGUGAUUGGCACCGCAUUCUUCGUGGUCACAUUCUUCUACGUUUUCUUCUCAUUCGUGGUGUACAAAGGUUAUCGUUAUUUAAAAGAGGCAUUACCUUAUUGA